AUGCCUCUGCCAACCUCGACAAAGACACUCAUUCUUGCCAACAAGCCGACCGGCAAGAUCGUCCUUGACGGGCCCAAUCCAACAUUCACUCUCGAGGAGAAACCGUUGCCUGAACUCCAGGAUGGCCAAGUUCUUACGGAACUGCUGUAUCUCUCCAACGACCCCGCCCAGCGAGGGUGGAUAGAUGCAAACCAGGACCCGGCACGCCUGUACGUACCGCCGGUCAACAAGGGCGAGCCGAUGCGUUCUGGCGGUAUCUACAAGGUGCUCGCCUCCAAGAACGCCUCCUUCCCCGAGGGCAGUGUGGUGCGUGGAUGGGGAGGCUGGUCGCAGUACCAGGUCAUGUCACCCACCACGAAUGGUCUUCAGCCUUGCGAGGAGAUACCUGGCGUGAGCGUGACGCACUACCUCGGUGCCCUGGGAGGGACGGGCAUGACGGCGUACAGUGGGCUGGUCUUCGUGGGCGAGGCGACGAAGGACGACGUGGUGGUGGUCAGCGGCGCGGCCGGCGCGACGGGGAGCAUGGUGGUGCAGAUCGCCAAACACCUGGUCGGGUGCAAGAAGGUGAUCGGGCUCGCCGGCACGGACGAAAAGUGCCGGUGGGUCGAGUCGCUCGGCGCGGACGUGUGCAUCAACUACAAGAAGGACUGGAAGACGCAGCUGACGGCGGCGACCGAGGGCCUCGCCAACGUCUACUUCGACAACGUCGGCGGCGAGCAGCUCGACUUCAUGCUGACGCGCCUGGCCCGCCACGGGCGCGUCGUCGCGUGCGGCGCCAUCGCGGACUACAACGCCGAGGAAAAGUACGGGAUCAAGAACUGGUUCGACGUGAUCACCAUGCGGCUGCAGAUCAAGGGCUUCAUCGUGUUCGACUUCGCCAAGGAGCACCCGGAGAUCACCCGCAAGCUGAUCCAGGGCGUCAAGGACGGAAAGAUCAAGAUCAGCGACGAGAACGAGACGGUGGUGGACACCAAGUUCGAGGACGUCCCCAAGACGUGGGUCAAGCUGUUCGAGGGCGGCAACAAGGGCAAGCUCGUCACGAGGCUGGUUUGA